AUGGUGGCAAAUACAUUUGUAUCAUUAUUGUUAGUAUGUUUUUUUUUUGUCUUUUGUUUAACAAAUAAUAAUACAUUGGCAUUAUCAAAUGCAGAUAAAAAUUAUAAAAAUGGCAAAAAUAUAUAUCCUAUAAACUCAGAAAAUAAUAAAUUUUCAAAUGAAAAAAAUGGAAUCAAACAACUAAAGAAUUCAAAUUUGAUUGUUGCACUAGAUCAAAUUAAAAGGAUAUCCGAAGGCACAAAUAUAAAAAAUGCAGUUAAAACCUUUCUUAUAAAAAAUCCCACAUUAAGUGUUAUAAUGUUGCUCAUCAUAUCGGUAGUAAUAGGAUUUGUAACACAUAAAGUAGCGUUAAAUACAUUACAAAGGGAAAUUUGCUUUGGUAGUCCUUCUGACGAUGGUAUAGCCAAUGCUAUCAAGGAUAAUAUCAUAAACAGAAUUAUAGAAAUAGUUGCUAGUGAGACUAAAGAAAGUGAAUCAGAUGAAGCUAGAGAAAAUAAAAUAAACGAACUAAAUGAAGCAAAUCAACUUAAAUGA